CCUCCGCUGUGAUUACGCAAUUCGGCCAGCGCUAGCAGCUGGGCAGAACCCAAACACUGAGCGCCUGAUCGCGCCGCGGUCCUUCAAGUGUCGCCCACGCGCACCUCGGGUCGGCCGCGCGGCGCCGAGCCGCCAGCCAGUCUGGCCAGAGACGGGGCAGCGACGGCAGCAGCGGGAUCGCCUCCUCCUUGGCUAUCGAGAGCGUAAACGAGGUUCCACGGAAACGGUCGUGAGUGGCUUAGAGGCCGAUCCAACAGCUUUAGGUGACGUCGGCGGAUACGAGCCGAGUUUAGACGUCUGAGAUUCGAUUUAGGUGACUCCAGAUCCUGCACAGCGACUGAAGGAUAACUUCAGCAGCGCGAUGACGCUGACACAGGAACCGUCAGAGUCUGAUCAGUCGCCGAUCGCCGGCGUCGGACGCAGUUACAGUCUGCGGGCCCGCUCACUGCAGAAGCGGCAAGAAACGGAGCGCCGGUGUGCCGAGCCGCGCGCGCCGCGCCCCAAACAGCGUGCAGCGCCUCUCAGCAAGUACCGACGCAAGACGGCCAACUUCCGCGAGCGGGAGCGCAUGAAGGACAUCGGCCGCGCGUUCGAGGUGCUGCAGUCUGCGCUGCCGGCGCCGCUGCUGGAGCGGGGUGAGAAGCUGACCAAGGUGACGGUGCUGCGACUGGCGGUGAGUUACAUCCAGGCACUGGGCGCGGCGCUGGAACAGGAGCCGCCGCCGUCACCGGCGCCGUCAGCCUCCUCGGGGUCUUCAACAAUAUCCGGGGGGUCACCGAGAGUCAGUCCGGCGCCUCCUCCUCCGGUACCCUCUCCCCCAGAGACCGCGGCGGUCGCAGCACCACCGACCAGCUCCGUCAUGUUCCGGGACGCCACCCUGGACGCGUCUGAUCCACUCGACAGUCUAGACGAGCUGACGGACUUCCACCUGCCUGAUGGUUUCGAUGUGCUGCUCUCAGAUCCAGACGAGGGCAUCAGUGUGACCUGCUCCGACUUCGGGGACCUGCCCAGCCCCUGAGGCCAUGUGUAGGGGCGUCAGGUCGGCCCACCAAACGACCAGGAGAGAAAUGAUGCGGCACCAGCUCACGCCUGUCUCCAAGAGCUCAUGGCAAGACCGGUGGUCGACCCAGUGUUGCAUUGACGAGUCCGCUCAUGAAAACAGGAUGCACAGCCGGUAUCCUCGGACCCUCCGCCCCUGCAGGACAGGGACACUUGUUGAUGGCCGACACACGACUCGAUCUGACGACCGGAGGACGUCAAAGGUAUUGAUCGCACUAUACAACGAGAACAGCCCGCACCCGUGUAACACCGCCUCAAUAAACAGCGACCUCAGAGACGGACACAGAGGCCCAAUAAAUCGUACAGCAGUCUCACGGAUUUAGGUACCAUUGGCCGCACUGUGCACGUUUACGAUGUAAUUGCCGUGAUAAAUCUGGUAUGAACCUGUUCGGGUUCAGUGUCGAUGGUUAUUGCAGAGCGCAUCAAACCGUGAAUCGGCAAAUAGCUAUACAGGAGCCGCCUUUACCUUGAGCCACGCGGCCUCACCCUUGUGUACAUUCAUUCACGGCUCAAUAAUCUAUUCAAAAAAUGUCCAGGAAUGAUGCAUGUCGGAAAAUAUGCCUGUCAAUGCUCAUAAAGUGAAAUACCAUUGAUGUUGCGGUUUUAGGCAGUCAUACUUACAAAAAUACUGCAUUUUGCGGAUGGUUUUGACCGGUCGCGCUGACAGGAACCAUGUCUCCGGUACAAGCGACACGGCGAUGUCUCCGAGUCGGAGUCUCACUCCGUGCCCGUCCCCGGGUCUGGUCUGACAACUUCUCUCUGCCUCAGGGAAUGGCGGUGCAACCGUGACCGGCGCUGGACGUCGACAGAAGCGUGAAGUCAUCCGUAUCACCCACCGAACCCGCCGACCGAACCACCGAGACCCUCCACUCUGACUGACCUGGCGGUGGUCAGAGCCGAGAUCACGCUGUCUUUAGCGCUAACCGAGUGUCGAGCAGGCCCCUGAGCGGUUUGGAUUUGUCAUGGAGCUCCGUGGAGAGGGCACUCAGCAGGAGAGCCUCCCAGGGUGGUCACUGGUCAGCACCUGGGCAAACAGUUCCGUGGAGAGUCUAAGAGGUCUCAGAGUCCACGGCGGGCUCAGGUCCGGGGCCAGUCAGCGAGCGGCGGUACCGUCUCUGACGGCCGCGGCUGUUCACAUGCAUCAGACAGAUCAUCUCGCACAUAAUCCUCCAAAUGUCUCAUGUACAUGCAUCGCGCCGUUUUUAUGGCUACUGAACACGGCUUGGGCCGGUCCCGAGAGCGCCGGUUAUGUUUUACUCGUGUGAUAACCGCUUUCCGACGUGAAAAGGGGCUCUUCAACACGGUCGGGACCCGGCUGACUAGAGGUGAAGUGUUGCUGAACCAGCGGGAGGACCACAAAGACACCAUGGGUGGUCUCCGAGCUCCGGUUGAUCCUCGAGCACGAGUGACGUGAUAAUAUUAGAGCUCUUGGUAAUGGGAAGUGAUAAAGACGAAUUAUAUUCUUUUGUGUGAUAGGGAUAAUGCUUUAGUGUUUGGACGAUAUUAGUUUGGAUCUCGAGCAUUGAUACAGUAACGUUCGUAAUCGUGCUGUCGAAACGACUCAAAGUCAAACCUGGAUGUUGACUUGUCGGUUAGCUCUUCAUGUGGCUUAAUACCUUUGAUAUGCAUGUAAACAAGCGACAAGCAUCAUAUGCCGUAGUGUGGUACAGCUGAGAAAAGACAAGCUUUUCAUGAAAUGAUGUCGAAACACGUUGCCAUCCUGGCGUGCAUUAUCGAAAUGAAAUGUGCACUGUGCAGUCGGCGUACACUAAAAUCUCAACAAUAUGCUAUUUCAUGUUUUAUAGUACAACUUGUUCGGACCCUGUCGGCUUGUGUCAACAUCCUCUUUGUUUGCAUGCGACCGGUACAAAUACAUCAGGUCAACGGGAAUCUUAUGUGACUCAAGCCCUUCAACAUGUCAUUUUGCAUGAAAACAUGUGCCUAUCAGCUCAGCACAAACAUG